AUGAAUAACACAUCCUGUACUUCUGUCAGCUUUGACUUCACAGGCAGAUUCCUGCCUCCUGUUUUCAUCUUAGUAUUCAUCAUUGGUCUGGUUGCUAAUGGAUGGGGAUUGAAGUCUUUGCUGCAGAAAUGGAAGAAACUGGGGAGCGUCAAUGUGUUUGUUCUCAACCUUGGACUUGCAGAUAUGUUGUAUCUGCUCACACUGCCAUUUUUGGUGGAUUACUACAUCAGAGGCAGUCAGUGGAUCUUUGGAGAUGCAUUCUGCAAGAUAACAAGAUUCUGCUUCAACCUGAAUUUAUACGGCAGCAUUGGAUUCCUCACUUGUAUAAGUGUAUACAGGUACCUGGCUAUUGUUCAUCCAAUGAAAGUGUUGGGAAGAUUAACUGUCACCCAUUCUGUGACUAUCUCAGUCAUGGUUUGGCUGUUGGUGGGUGUUCAAAGUCUUCCAGACAUGUUCUACACCAAAACAUUUUGGAACAACACUGAGAAAUGUUACGAGACCACCUCCAAAUAUUUUGUCGAGGAUUACCUGAAAUACAGCCUUGGAUGGACACUGACAGGGUUUUGUAUCCCAUUCCUCAUCACACUGGGCUGCUAUGGACAUGUGAUUGUUGUUCUCUGCCGCAAAAAUACAACUGACAAGGUACUGAAACAGAAAUGCCUGAAGUUGUUGUUUAUUUUGAUCCUUCUCUUCUCUGUUUGUUACAUCCCAUUUCAUGUGUUAAAGAACCUAAAUCUCUGGUCAAGAGUUCUGAGCAAGAAGAAGAUUUGCCAUGAAUGGUCUAAUGGAGUUUACAUCGCUCAUCAGAUAAGUCGUGGCCUUGUGGUCCUGAACAGUGCUCUCAACCCUCUGGUUUAUCUCCAUGGAAACAGAGACAUUUCUGCUCAGAUCAGACAGCUGCUCCAGCAAGUUCGUGAAGCUGUCAUGCGACUGUCCACCACCCAUAGUCAAGUUUCCUAGGUGUAACUUUUCUGACAUAUAAAUGAAAUUGAUCGAGUAACUGCACCAUCUGUACUGCAUCACAGUGAAUUGUAUCGCAUCAUAGCCACCGUAACAUAUUUUUAACCUAUGACGUUGUUCUGUUGCUGUUAACAUGCUCAAAAGAAAAAAAAAAAUACAAAUCAAGUAAACUGA